UAUUGCCAAAUUCUUUUGCACAGACAAUAAAUUUGACUCCCUGAUUUGGUGAAAAACAAUGAACACAGUGUAAAAGUGUAAAGGCGAAAUAAAAAAAAACAGGCUCAACCGAUUAGACUUUUGUGGUCAAAGGUCAGAGUGACCUCACAAAACAUGUUUUUGGCCGUAACUCAAGAAUUCAUACACUGUUUAUGACAAAACUUAAUACAAAUGUCAAACAGGAUAAAAUAAUGACAUUUCAUAUCCAAAAAGUCAAAGGUCAACUUCACUGUGACAUCAUAAUGUUCUGCAUUAAACACUUUUCUGUCCAUUAUGAAAGGUCAUACCUCAGGAGCAGAAGACGAGACAUUUGGUCAGAUACUAAAAUGUGACAUUAAUCUUGAAACUGUGCUGUUUGUAUAGUUCCUCUGUGCUGUCGAGGGGACAACGGAGGCAUACAACCACGAGACACUAAUUCCAGUUUCAGAAAUUGUGCUGUAUGUUCCUAUUACUGGGAAAUGAAAGUAAAGGGGCAUUACAGACACUGCAGUCAGGCCACCCAAGUACGCAAAGUAAGUAUGCAAACGCCCUGCCUCAUUUAAAGCAGCACAUCAUUGACAACAAAGCAGAGGUUGGACAUCACUGACUUCAGACCAGAGAACCCAAAGUACCAUUGAGAGUAACUGCUGAAAUACGGAGUUGAGAAAAACAGCUGAAUGAUGAGUGCUGCUCAGAGUCAAACAACAUUGGAGUCCAAACUCGAGGCCCUGCAGUGCCACUUCACCUGGGAUCUGGACCCCAGCAGAUCUGAGCUUUUACGCCGCAGUGAAAGCCUGGAGGACAUCGGCACAGAGGAGGGAAACAGCUGGCUAGGUCACAUUUACAACCUGCGGGGGUUCAUUCAGUACAAGCUGGGGUUCACCGAAGACGCCCAGAGUUUCUUCAGCAGGGCUGCAGAGGCUUUCCACCAGAUAAGACACAGAAACAAAGGUCCUUGGUUAAUUGUGAACUACGGUAACCUGGCUUGGCUGCACCACCACCUGGGAAACCAAGCAGAGAGUCAGUCUUACCUGUCAAAGGUCGACGCCCUGAUUAAUCAGUACCCAUCUCCAUCCCCGGAUGAACUUCAUCCAGAGAUCUAUGCUGAAAAAGCCUGGACCCUGAUGAAGUUCAGCGGAGAGAAAAAGCUGAUCGUAGAUUAUUUCCAGAGAGCCAUCCAGAUGCAGCCGGACAUGGUGGAGUGGAACACCAGCCACACCUUAGAGUUAGUGCAUGCUUUUAAGCACAUCGAUGAAAAGGUGGAGGCUGAAAUCUUUGAAAAAUUAAGAAUCGCCAGGGAACAAGAUCCAGAGAACUUGUACCUCGCUGCUUACUACCUUGAGCAAUGUGCUAAAUUAGGAGAAAGAAUUGAAGAUGAAGCACGUGAGUUAGCCAGAAAGGUUUUGAGAAAUCCUGUCGGCAGCUACGGUGGUAUUAAACCGUUAUUAUGGAUUUACAGAAACUACAUUUCUGUAGAUGAGGCCGUUGCAUUGGCAGAGGAGGCUCUGAAAAAGCACCCAGAUGAGCGUUACCUGAAGAGAUGUGCUUCACUCUGCUACAAAUGGAUCAUUUACUUUAGUGACAGACUCCCAGAGCGAAGCAAGAUAGACAGGGCAAUCCGCCUCCACGAGGAGGUGAUUUCUCUUUACCCUCAUUCUUCACUUAUGAAGAAAGUGGACCUUGCUAAUAUAUACGCAAAGUCAAAUUACAGCCAGGCAAAAGCUGAGCAGAUAUUUCAGGAACUGCUAGAAAGGGAUCGGAUAGAAAAUGAUCUGGAACCUACAGACAAACAGAUGCUUUACAACAACUACGCAAAACGUUUGUUUUUCGAUCUUCAGGAGGACCAAAAGGCAGUACAGUAUCACAUGAAGGCGGCAGCCAUACAGAAUCAGUCCUCCUUUCGUGCGAACAGCAUCAGAUUUCUGGAGAGGAUUAAAGACAAAGACAGGAGCCCAAUGUGUAGAAAAAUAGCGGAGUUUCUGGAAAACUUAAAAGAGCUGUAGUUAUUUUAAAGGUUUGAGUGUGUAAGAUUUAGGGGGAUAUAUUGGCAGAAAUUGUGUAUAAUAUAGUAAGUAUGUUUUCUUUAGUGUAUGAUCACCUGAAAAUAAGAAUCAUUUCGUUUUUGUUGCCUCAAAAUUAGCCUUAGAAAAUGUUUUCACCGGUUAAAAUCAGCAAUCCUUAUGUUUUUGAGAGGAAGAGCCCUGGGUAAAAAACACCUGAACAUAUGGAUCAGAAAUAAAUUGAGCACAAAUGAAGGUAUCAGAGAAAAAAGGUAAGCACAGAUAAGCAGUUACUGGGCAAGCAGGCCAUCAGCAACGUACAGAACAGGAUAGGAGAAACAAUGAUUUGUGAUGUGAAACUGCUGUGUUCAGUGUUUUUACUGGUUUAAAUCAGCUGGUGUGUUUGUUUUGGAGAGGAAGAGACCUCUGUGGUAAAAACCUCCUGAACAAUGAACACUGAAGGAAUUCUGACCAGGAGAAGAUUCAGCUGGUCGCAAUCUGCGAUCGUCACCGCUAGAUGCCACUAAAUCCUCCUAAAUCUUACACACUGGACCUUUAACAGCACUGGUUCUAAACCCAGAAAAAAUAUAGAUAUUCAGCUGGGAGAAAAAUACUGCACACACUCAUUAAUUUCAUAACAAGCACAUUUGGUAAACCUUUUUUUCCUUUGGCCAGGUGGUGCAGAAGGAAGCAACAAGCAGGGGUGUCAAAUAUACGGCACACAGGCCAGAGCCGGCCCACCAAAGGGUCCAGUUCAGCUCACUGACACAGCUCAUAUCGCUUUUCAUCCUGACCACAAUACAGUUCUCUGAACGAUUACUGUUUGAAGUAUUACUUAUAUUUUUCUCUCUCAGAGGAUUUGAACCAGAGAAUGAGGCUGAACAGCUGCAGAUGAAGUGAGUGAUUAGAUACUGCACAUACAAACUGCUGAAACCUGAGCGCUUUACAUUGUAAUAUCUUACAGAUAACUCAGAGGUCCAAAAUCUAAAAUUAAAAUUACCUGCAAAAAAAUAAUGAAAUAAAAAUAAAAUAAAAUAAAAUAAAAUAAAAUAAAAUAAAAUAAAAUAAAAUAAAACUAAUAUGGGUUUAUAGGCAGGAUCUCUGACAGGACAGGUAAGGUACAGUUUUGUGCUUCUAGGACAUUAAAGACAACUUAAUCUAAAGAAUCACGAUCACUUCAGGUAUCUAAAGAAAUUUUGGAAAGACGACACAUUAGGAGAAGAAAUCCUUAACUUCUUUCCAAAUGCCUAAAAACUUGCUACUUACCAAAAAAUAAUAUCUAAAAUACACUUUGCUCUCCAAAGUUUUAAAAAUUAUGAUACUCUGAAUAUUAAUGAAAGAUGGGAAGCACAGAGCCUAUUCUAUAACAUCAGUAGAAGAAUGGGACAGCAUCUGCACAAUGGUUGAUAACAAGCUCCCCCACUUGGAGAGAAUUCAGCUUGGAAAAUGUGACUGGUUUCUUCUGUAGUCCAGCACAAAAGACUAACUCUCUAACCAGACUGCCUGCUGGAGGUCCUGUGGAAGCGCUGCGGAAAACCAUCUCCACAUUUUCUGGAACUGUCCCUAUGUGGCUCCACUUUGGAGAGGUGUGAUUAAGUUUUUGGAGUUGAAAAUCUGUUUUAAUUUUGGCUAUCUAGAAGAGCUUCACUGUGCAAAGUGAGAUACAUAUUUGUUGAGGGUGUUGUUCGGGGCUUGUAAAAACGCUUUGACAAGAAAAUGGGUUAAGAUGUACCAAACAGAAAUGAGUGAGAGAAUUACAUUUAAACUAAAAACCCAAAUACUUACUAGAAUGUGUGCAUAUAUAGCCUAAACGAGCAUGUGUAUAUGUAUGUUUAUAUAUGUACGUGUGUAUGUGUACACACGUGCGUGCAUUUGUGUGUGCAAAUGUAUAUAUGCAGAUUUUGUUUUUUACUCAUGAAUGAUUCUCCCCUAAUUUUGGUUUCGUUUUUAGUUCACUUCAUUUGUGUUUUUGUGUCCUGUCGACGCGUAUGUCUGUUCUUUAAAGGAAAACCAAAUUAAAAAAUUAAAUAAACGAAAGAUCUAAAAGGUGAGGGGGGAUCAGCUGUUUCUCUUUUUGUGAUGUAAGAGAAACAGACUGUUGUAUGAAAUGAUGUUGAAUGGAAGUAAAUGAUGGAGCUACAGAGAACUACUGUACCGACUUUGUGCUGACAUCAUUUUAAUACAGACUAAAAUUUGUGAAUCCAGCUUUAACUUUAAAUUUUGCUCGCAAGCAUGUUCACAAAGAGGAUGAACACCUCGGCCAGGACGCCUGCCAUCCACAAGGAACUGAAACUUAGCACAUCAGUACAUUACUUACCUUCAGUGGCGCUACUCCUGCCUGCUUCUCCAAACUGAUCACAUGUCAACUGACAGCUCCUGUAGGUAAUACACAAGCCCACUUCACAAAAUCCAAACUGCCCCUUUGAAUGUGUCCAAGACUGUAUUUUUCUCAAUCAGAGAAGUCAACACUACUAAUCCUGACAUCCUCAUGAGAGUAAAAAUAGUGUUGAAAAGAAAGUGUUGACCAUUCUUUAGACAGAUUAUGGAAUCUAUCUUUAAAACAAACAUCAAGCAUAUCUCAGGAAGAAUAAAACAUGGUUAAAUACAUUUUAAAUUUGUUCAUAAUGACUUAGAUACAGGUGCAGCCAUGAUCUACUAUGGUAUCAUCACAUGUCUUAUUGUGCCCCCUCCUGGUCACAGGCCUGCACAACAACAAUAUAAACUGUUUAAAUGAGCUGUUAAAGCAGUGGACAGCAAACAAACUCAUCCCACUGUUACAGUAUUGUCAAAAAUACAAAUUAUUGAGCUCUGGAGUUUUUCUGUUUGUGGCACCUGAAAGAAAUAUUUGUUCUAAAAGUUCAAGGCUGAAAUAAGAAGCAAGAUCAACAACAAGGGGAGACUGUUCGGUGAGAACAGUGCAUGACAGAAUUUGCUCAAACUGCUUUUUACAGCAGCUAUUGGAGUGGACAUGCAGGAUGUGUUUCUCCUAGAUGCAAAAUAUAAGUAAAAC